AUGCCUGAAGCCUUCACCACAUCUAGCAGUCAGCCCAAGCUGGAGGUGUUCCAGGAGAUGCUGAGUAAGCACCCCAGUGUGUUCUAUCCCUCCCGCACUCCCAAGAGCUUGUUGGUGCACUGGCAGCUACUCAAACAGUACUAUCUGCUGGAGGACCAGAGUGUUCAACCUCUCCCUAAAGGAAACCAAGUUCUCAACUUCUCUGAUGCUGAGCAGCUGGUGGAUGAUGCUAAGCUAAAGGAGAGCAGGGAUGAGGUGCUGGAGCAUGAGCUGAUGAUCUCUGACCGCCAUCAGAAGAAGGAGAUAAGACAGCUGGAACAGGAGCUACCACGCUGGCAGGUCUUGGUGGACAGCAUCACAGGGAUGAACUCUCCAGACUUUGACAACCAGACACUGGCAGCGCUGAGAGGCCGGAUGGGGUCACGAGAGAUCACCCUGGGCAGAGCCACCAAGGACAAGCAGAUCGAUGUAGAUCUGUCUCUGGAAGGACCUGCCUGGAAGAUCUCCAGGAAACAAGGGAUCAUUAAACUAAAGAACAACGGAGACUUCUUCAUAGCCAACGAAGGCCGCAGGCCCAUCUACAUAGACGGCAGACCAGUCUUGUCUGGCUACAAGUGGAAACUCAACAAUAACUCUGUGGUGGAGGUGUGUGGAUGGUUCUGGACAACUUAAAUGGCAGGGAAUAUGAUUGAGAAAUGUGUUCAAAGUGGCAAAGGGUAUAUUUCAUAAACAACAACAGCCACCUCUUUAUAAUACAUGAACCUCACAAGUAAUUUAAGUAAGCUGAUCUCACUCAUUAAGGCAGAAGCAGCUAAGAUGAACCAGCAGUGAGAGAGAGAGAGAGCUGUGCUGCCUCAGUGGAGCAGAGGCCAA